AUUACUUGUAACUUUCAUUUAGUUAGAAAAGUUUAGUUAGUUGAACUUAGAAGUACAGAAACAUUCCUAAAAAUAAAAUACAAAUAUGUCGAAUGCAACGUAUAACGAACUUUGGAAAGAGACCCAAGAUACUAUAGAUGAAUUAAUACGGACUGAUUCGUCUGUGCAAAGCUCAAAACCGCAAAAGGAUCGAAAGAAGGCACAUCAAAUUGUCUCGGAAUUGUAUGUAAAGUACAUCAUUGUUUGUAAUAAGUUAGAAGAGUGUUACGAUCAAAUAAUACAACCACAAAAACGUAUCUUACUUAAAAAAUUAUUGGAAUCAAUUAUAGGAAGAGUUUUAGAAUUAAAACAUGAAUUAGUAAAUGUUGAUCUUUCUGAACACAGUUAUUAUGAUGACAUAUUAAUAAAAUAUGGCGUUACCCCCGAAGAUGUAGAAAUUCGAAUACCGAGAUAUUUUACGAGAGAACGUCGAAAAGAAAUAAAUGAUAGACGAGAAUUCAUAGAAAAUACUUUGAGAAAUUUGGGUUUUCUCGAUGAGAUUAUUGUGUCUAAAACAAUGAGUGAACUAGAAGCUGUAAAAUUGAUUCAGGCUCACGAAAGAGCAAGACAAGGACGAGUAAGAUUCCAGUUUAUGAAGGAAAUAAGACAAAUGAAAGAAAAAUCAAUAGCUAAACAAGAAAUAGAGGAAAUACAAAAGGAAAAUAUUGAAGCUGCUGCGACAAAGAUUCAAAAAAUUUGGAGAGGUUAUAGAACUCGAUGUUGGAUCCGGAAAAGACGAUUAGAUGAAAUGUUAUUAAUAGGUAUGCUUCCACCUAAUCAAGUAAAGAUGAAAAAUAUUCGGCAAACAGAAAAAAUUAUACAUUAUCGUCAUGAAAAGCAAAUAAAGUUUCAAGAAAUUUAUGAAAAAUUGAUAAAGGAAACAACGGAAAGAAUUCGUAAAGAAAGGAGUGCUGUGAUGGAAGAGAAUAUGAGAAGUGAAAUUCGAAACUGGAUAAAUGAUUACUUUCAACAAACUGGAAAAAUUCCGGAUUUACCAUCUGCUGAAAGUGGAGGUUCCCGAUUUAUCUUCAGUAGGCAGGGAACAGAAAGUACGAUAAGUAAAUCAACCGGAAUGUCCUCGAAGGAAUCAAAAAAAUCAAAGAAGUCAAAAACAAAGAGGAGCAGCGAGCCAGAAAAAUCGGAAGAUGAAACAGAGCAGAGUUAUUUGAAAUCGAUGCCUUCUAAUUUUCUUCCAUUAUUGAUUAAUUUACAAGAAGAGUACCAAAAAGUAUGGAAGAACAAAGACGAGUCUAUGAAUCCUAUGCAAGAACCUUAUAAAGAUAUGAUUGAAACUGAUAAAAUUCGAGAAAUUGAAGAUGAAGUUAGAAUUGGAGUGGAUCAAACAUUGAGAGAUGACAUAGAAGCUCUUCAAGCAGCUUUGGACAGAGAUAAAGGUAUUAAAAGUAAACGUGGUAAGAAAAUCCAAAAACGGAUUCGUCGUAGUGGGAAAAAGAAUAAAAAAAAAAAAGAAAAAGAUUUGACACCAGAUAGAACAACAGAAUCUCUUUUCGAAGAACUUCUCACUCAAGGUAUUAUUAAACUUUAUCGAGAAACUCCAUUAGCUGAUUUUAAGGUCGAAAGAUCUUAUGCCAAUUAUGAGCUUCUUCAGAAUGAUAAAAAUACUUUACCAACGUUAGGUGACAUCAGACAAUUAAUCAGCGAAUAUUGCAUCCUUCCUUUAGGCAAUAGUAUACUUAGAGAAUUAACACCCCUUGUAAGAUCAGUUUUAAUAGCAGGUCCUCAUGGAAGUGGCAAAAAAAUGUUAAUUAAUGCAAUUUGUACAGAAUUAGGUGCUACUCUUUUCGAUAUUACACCUGCCAAUAUCGUUGGAAAAUAUCCUGGAAAAACUGGAUUGAUUAUGUUAAUGCAUUUGAUAUCCAAGGUAUCGCGAUUAUUGCAACCGUCAAUCAUUUUUAUGGAUGGAGCUGAAAAACCAUUCGUCAAAAAACCAUCUAAAACUGAUAAAACUGAUCCAAAACGCCUCAAGAAAGAUUUACCAAAAUUGAUCAAGGGUAUCACCAAUGAGGAUAAAAUUAUAUUAAUUGGAACAACCAAUUUACCUUGGGAUGCAGAUCAAAAAUUAUUGUAUCAAACUUAUGACAAAAUUAUAUAUGUUCCUAGACCAGAUUAUGGCAGUAUGUCACUUGUUUGGAGAAAUUUAUUAUACAAGUAUCCUGGAAUAAAUAGACAAUUUGAUAUAUCAGCAAUGACCAAAAUCUGUGACGGAUUUACAAUUGGUACAAUAUUAGCCGCCAUUAAUGAGGUGAUGACGACGAAACGAAUGGUACAAUUAAGAACACAGCCAUUAACACAUGCAGAACUAAUUAAUGCUAUUAGUACCAAAAAUCCUGUUUAUCGUGAAGAAGAGGACGCAUUUUUAUCAUGGUUCUCGAAAACGCCGACUUGUCGAAGAAAACAAAGAGCUUUGGAAUUGGAACAACAAAGACUCGAGGAAGCAAACGAAGCCAUUAAAAAAAAAAAGAAAAAAUGAAUAAAAACGAAAUGAG